AUGGGAGAAACACACAGAGGAACAAGGGCGAAUGUGGCUGCAUACGAUGAUUCUAAAAGGUUUAGACUACAUACGCAUCUAUUCGACAGGGAGCCAAGUGAGUUUAUUAAGCCUCACUUGGAACGAGUCGGUUUUGGACGUGUCGCCCAAAUCAACUUUAGAAGUGUUGAUUCCAAACUCGUUGCUAUGCUUGAAAGAUGGAGGCCCGAGACACAUACGUUUCAUUUACCAACCGGCGAAUGUACAAUAACACUAGAGGAUGUACAUAUGUUGUUUGGCCUCCGUAUAGAUGGGAGGGUUGUACGAGGUGAAACCGAAGGACCUGAUUAUGCGUGUGUCGAUGCUUUAGGCAUAGAACCUUAUAAUGGACUUGAUAGGGUGAAGGGUACGUUCCAAUAUGUCAAAGAUCUUGAUAAAUGCGGCCAAUAUAGUUGGGGGUCUGUGUGUUUGUGUUACCUUUACACGGAGAUGUGCAAAACAUGUCGAAAAGGAGUCAAGAGUGUUGCAGGCUGCUCACUCCUUCUCGCUGCGUGGACCUACUAUCGCAUUCCACGACUUGCUCCAAAGAGUGAAAUUGCUCCAUCUUAUCCAUACGCCGUUAGAUUUGCACAACGAGGUAUGGAGUAUUUGGCAUCUCCGAAUGCUUAUCUAGCUGGAUAUCGUUUCGUAUUGGAUCACAUGGUCGUUGGAGAUGUAAGUUUUUUACCAAGCCGUAUAUUAGAUCUUUCAUCUACGUGA